CAGCUACUUCUGAGCAGCUGCCUGAGGCUGGAUAAAGUCAUGUCCAGGAUCAGUAGUGCAUCUCCCACCUCAACUGAGUAACCAGCAGUGUAGCAUUAACUCUGAAUUAAUGGAACGUGCUGGUGUAAUUUGGGAAGCUGUGUAUCCUGUGAAUGGCUGGCUCUGGGUGUGCUCAUCUCACUUCUCUUCUGCCUGAUGUUUUGGUAGUAAAGCUGGUGGUUUAGUUCCCCUUCCUGAUUACUACAUGUAUGUAACACUGAUUCAUGAGAUGGGAAAUGCAGCUUUGCUUAAUGAGGCAAAUUAGAUGCAGUAAAUUACGUAUUUGUGAUUGAUUUGAACAGGGAAAUGGAGUUCAGCUGUUAAAAUACAGCUCCCACCUUCUUCUCAGAACCAGUGUUAGAUGGCCUUUAGUGUUUGUUUGCCUUCUCUUGAGAUCAUUUUCGUGGUGUCUCAGGUUCAGGUGUUUCUUGCUGUCAGUACAUUAUAAGAAUUAAUAUCAAGAGUUUUGAAUUAUUGUAGUGCUGAUUUCUGUGUUCUGUUUUGUUAUGAGCACAUCAAGCAGUGACUCUCCCCAGAACUCCCAGGUGAAACAGCUGCAUGUGGCUUGAACUUGCUUUUUGAAUCAUUUGCAAACUUUGAUUUUGGGGGCUUUCAUCUCUUUGGAACUUGUGUUUUCAAAGUCCAUAAAAAUUUGUUUGCAGAAUGUCUCAAAUUUGAAAACACAAGAGAAGUUCUGCCCCUUUUCUUUGGAGUCAAACCCCUCAAUUGCACCAGCUCCCUGGAUAAUGGCUGAUCUAAACUAAGGACUUGGUUUUCUCCCUUCCAUUGGUUUCUGCAGAGCAAGACUGCCAGGCAGAGGAAAAACACCCUAAAUUUUUAGGGCUGAGAUGCUUAAUUAAUCAAAGAAAAGAAGUUUUACAGCCUUUGGAAAAACCUACAUCCUGAAAAUCUUCCCCUUUGAUUCUUUCACAAAAAUUAUUUGAUAUUUCCCAAGUUUCUUUUGUUCAUGUUCACACAGGAAAGUUCAUCUGGCUUCUGUUGUAAAGCUUUAAAGCUUUAAAACUCAGCUUUUAGGUGAGGAGAACCAGAGUAUCAAGAAGGGAUAUGAGCUACCCAAAAGGUCUGUGACACUAUGGGGAACUAUGAGUUUCACUUCUGUGUUUUAACCACCUGGCCAGUCUUCCCCAAACUUUUUUAUUUUCUUUUUGGGAUUAAAAUGUAUAGAAUGAGAGCUCUUGGUGCUUUUUCUAAUUGCUUUACCAAGAGCUUUUUCUAUGGAGAAUGACCAUGUGGAAGUACAGCACCCUUCCAGAAGCUGCAGUCAGAAUUACUGAAAGUACAGACAUGGUGUGAUCUCUCAUCUAAGGUCAUUUCUCUCUCUCCCUCUCUGUCUCUCCCAGCCUGUGGGCAUAGUAAUUCUGUGAUAUGGUUUUGGUUUCUUUCAUGGAAGCCUCGUCUUUCUUGAGAGAACUGAGUUCUGUGUCAGCUCUUCUCAUUUUUCAGUCUGACUCAAAAUCUACUUUAGUUUUGAUGCUACUAUGGGGGCAGUAAAAGACAUUUUAUACAGAUUUUUUUUGUUGUUGUUGCAUUAGUUAUUUUAUCCCCUUAUGCAAGGCAGUACUAUUAGUUGAGAUAAUGAAAACAAAGGUAUAAGAUUUUUUAUCCACAUAAGAUCUUUCUAAAUGACAUGUAGAAGUGUAAGUGGAACUUAGGUUAUCUUUAUUAUUAAUGUGCUAAACUCUUUUUUUUCCUGAUGGUAGCCAAUUUUAAGCCAUUGCUACAUUUUAACAAGAGUGCAACAAGAGCUUUAAACCAUCUUCAUUGUUGAUCACAGUGGACAAAUACACCAAGGUAAAUUUCUGAAUUAAGGCAGCUCUCAGAUCAUGUUCUCAAGAGCACCUGCAGUGUAUUUAACCCAUUAAAGUGACAUAAUUAAACAGAUUGACAAAUAUUUAAUACUAAAAAUGAGCAGUGUAUGUGCCAGCAGAUAAAUAUCAGUACCAGAGUGGCACAGAGGGACAGAAUUUUGCCAAUCUCUGGCAUAAAUGAGGUUCUAUUUCUUCUUUCAUGUAGGAUUUCAAACACUGUGUCAGCUACAGGCAGUUCAAACCCUGAUGGAUGUGUGAUGUAUCUCAGUGAGAUCCCAGUGCUGCUCUCCCUCCCGUCUGUCCUCUGGGCUGUGGAAGGAUUUACUGAGAAGUUCAGUGUUUGGCUUUUCUUACAAUGCCUAAAAUCAGCAGGAUCCUGCGUGCUGUGCUGUUAUCACAGUGUCACCAUCCAUCCCCAGAACAGCUCUUUGAUGGCUAAAAUGCCUAAAUAGAUCAAGAAAGGCUGCAAGAUUAAUUCUUGGCAUUCUUCCUCUCCAUUUCUUGUUUUUCUUCUUUUAAACAUGAGAUUCUUUGCACUUUUCAUUGCAGGAAAUGCCUUAAUUUCCCUUCUCUUUAAGGUAUGUGGUAUCUCAGCCAGCCCUGUUUUGGUACUCCUGGGGCUCCUUGGGAAGUUUCAAGCUCUGGUGUUGUUUCACCUGGCUAAUGAGCAAGAAUUUGGUGAUUUUUUUGUCAGCAUGCUGCUGACAAAAUGCUCUUGAUGUUGUUUCACCAGUCCUACAAGUAUGAGCCAGAGCCAGGUGAUUUAUAGGGAUCCUUGGAGCACACAGAAUGCCAGAUGGAAAGUGCCAAAGAUGCACACAGAACAUAAAGCAGGGCAGAUAAGGAGGCUUCAUGGCAUCUUCAACCAACUGAAAUAUUUCCAGGCAUCAGAACAACAACCAGAGUAACAAAUGGAACUGGAAUGUCUCUGGACUGAAUGAACAGGCAAGGAGCAUGACUUGGUGGGACCCUGGAAGGGUCUCAGCCUCCGGAAGGAACAACCUGUCAGUGUCACCUGCGAUGCUGGGAGCCAGAGACAUUUAACAGCACCUCAGAUGGCUGCCUGCAGCCUGCCCCUGGCACUGGGGCUCCUGCUGCUCCUCCAGGACAUCCACACAGCCCCACAGACAUCAUUAACCCCACCUCAUUCCUGUGACACACAAGAGAAUUGGUUCUAUGAUGAAACUUCACAAAACUGCUGUUUCCAGUGUCCCUCAGGCUAUGUUAAAAAGAAAGCAUGUCCUCAAGAUCCAGCUGAAGACUGCAUGACAUGUGGACCUGAUCAAUAUUUGAACAAUGUGUCCCCAAAGCCACGAUGUGAUGCCUGUGUGUCAUGCUCAAAAGACACGGACCUUGUGGAGAAGCAGCCCUGCUCCUUCAACUCCAGCCGCACGUGCGAGUGCCGGCCCGGCCUGUUCUGCAGGAUGACUGUGGAGAACACCUGCACUCGCUGCCAGCUCCACUCUGCUUGCAGGCCUGGCUUUGGAGUCAAAACCAGGGGCACCUCAACAAAUGAUGUCACUUGUGAAGAGUGCCCUCCUGGGACCUUCUCUGAUCAAAACUCCAGCACUGACACCUGCAAACCCCACACCAACUGUGCCAAGCUGAACAAAGUAACGCUAAGGAAAGGAAAUGCCACACAUGAUCAAGUUUGCCUGGACCAGCUGCCCACUUACCUCACCCCGAGCACUUUGUCUAUGAGAUUCAGCAAUGAAACAAAUAACUUUGACCUGAGGAUGUUCAAGGAGAACCUGGUGACCUCUGCUAGUGGUGACCUUCUAAGUGUCACAACAACUGAAAAUCCCAGUUCGACCCCUGAGGAGAAAGCCCAGGCUGGCACUUCUCCCACCUCAGCUAAGGGGGAGAUGACAACAGGAGGUGUAGUGCUGUGGGCAGUGGUUCUCUCUGUGGCAGUGCUUCUUGGGGCCAUGCUGAUAUUUUGGAAAUGGAAGGUUUGCAAGAAGAGGAUCCUCGUCCUCAGAAGAAAGGCACAUCUGGACUCGGUCAUUGCUCACAAAUACACGCUCAAAUCUCAAGGUUCGGAUCUCGUGAACAAAUGUGCAAAGAUCGUACUGACCACUGACAGUGGGCCAGAAGAGGAGGAGUUAAUUGACAGAGCCCUUCCUUUGGAAACCAACAAUAACUUGGUGUCCAGCACAGAAAAAGCACAAAGUCCUCACUGGGGUGUGACUGAUGUGACACCAAGCAGUGGGAAUGCCCCAGAUUGCCCUGUGGAUUCUCGAGUCAGAGACCACACAAAUAACAGAAUUGAAAAACUCUACAUCAUGAAGGCCGACACUGUUAUCGUGGGCUCUGUUUCAGAAGUGCCCAGUGGCAAGAACUGUGCUGUCAGAGGAUGUGAAAGUAACCUCGAUGCCCAGGAAAGCAUGGAAGAGGAACUGGAAAUGCAUUACCCAGAGCAGGAAACAGAGUCUUUUCCAGGGAAUGAUGUAAUGGUUCCUGUGGAAGAGGAAGGAAAGGAAUUUCACCACCCCACCACUGCCACUGAGAAGUGACAAGCCAGAGGUAGUGUGGGAAGAUCCAGAAUCACCCAGUGUGACACUAAGGCUGAAUUUAUGGCAAGGGAAAUAAACCCACUGUGCCUUAGAUUAUUGGGAAACUCCUGGAAAACACUGAAACACAUUCAAACCAGGAGAGCUAGAAGCUAUUUCAUCUAACAAAUGAGAGCAUCAUCCAAACUGCCUUCAAGCUGACAUCAAAUAUUUCUAUUUCCCUCUCUCCUGGUAUCACACUGAACACAAGUUUGAAUCAAAGCUGCAUAAUUUAGAGGACAUCUGGAUGUCAGCUGCAGUUUCACAGCUUGUUUUCUCAGUGUGAAGGAAUGGAUUGAAAUCUGUGUCUGGUUACUUCUAUUAGCUGUGGAAAUUCUGGCCAGGAUUCUGAGUCAAGCUUGAGACUCAGCCAUGUCUCUUAUGUUGUUUCUAUUCCAAUAUUUCCAAUUUUGUCAUUUAUUUUGCAAUAUCUGGUAUUUUCUCAAGGUUUCAAAUAGGCUUUUGAUUGAAAAUGAGAAUAAUCUUAGCUUUCCUUAGCAUAAACAUAGCUCUCAAGUUUGUGGACUUCAUAUUUCUUGAGGAAUUAGGAUCAAAAGGUGCCACACAGGCUCUGAAAAUAGAAGGCAAAUAAAAUUAAUUGUACUUUAGGCCAUUCUUUCUAGGUUUUGAAGUCUGAUUCUUAUUUUUUUGACUACAUCAGAUCAUGAGUAAGUGGACAAAACAGCCUCUUCUGAUGGAAGCCAAAACAAACAUUUGGCUUUUGGAUGAACUGUGGGUUAAGCCAAAUGUGGAGCCUGUAAAAAGAGAAAUGAAGAGAUUAUUUUUCUACUGAAAAAGAGACACAACAGUUAAUUCCUAUAACAUUGUUAAUAUCUACUUGUUUUAGAAUUGUUCAUAAUAGUCAGGGUGACACUGAUUUGCAUAUCCUUUAAAAACAAACCUGUUUGGUGGCCAACUGGCACGUGUUAUGCUAUUUUUAAAUCUUUUGUGCUGUUUGUUCAAUGUAAUAAUGCUGACUGUACUUUUACACAGGACAAUGGAAAAUGAGCAAUGUGACAAAGUGUUUCUUAAUAAUCAAAAAAAAGGAACCACAAAACCCAUUACUUGCUUUUCAGCUUUGUACCAGCUGCAUGACUUCUGUCUUAGAGCUCACACAGGGGCAUAAAAACAUAAAAACACCUUCUUGGGCCAGCCUGGAGCUUGAGCCCCACAUUUCAUCUCUGCCAGUCACAGGAAGGGAUUUGUUAGGAAGACCAUGACUGCUGUUUGCACUCAUCAUAGUUCUGCAGUUGCAGCUGCCAAUGGAUUAAGGAUGUCAAAGAGUUUGACUCAGCCUUUAUUAUUCUCCAAUAUCACCGUUAGUUUUUCGUGUCUCUUUUGAAUUUCCAAAUACAAUCUGCCUCCAUAAGCACCUGUGGCAAAAGAGUACAGAUAUCAUGCACUGUGUAAAGGACUUUUAGCACUUUUAAACUGAAUGUCACUUGUUCUUACAGAAGUCAGUGAGUUGCUUUUUAUUUUUUUUUUCCAACCAAGUUGCUUUUGCGAUUGAUUGUAUCUCAGCUUUGAUUGAACUAAGCCUCAAAGAUGAGUUCCCAUCUUUCAUAUUAGUAUUCAUGUUAGUAUUACUCAUGUAAGUUUGAUGCUCCACUGCCUUGGUCACUUUAGUUCAUCUUUUCCACAUCUAUUUUAACUUCACUACAUACUUCAUUUUAGAGAACACCAAUUAGUGAAUCCAAAAACUGAAAAACCACAUUUACCUGGCUGUGAUUGUUUGGGGCUGUUCUGCAAUGACUGUAAUUGUGUAUUUCCACUCUGUAUAUUAAUUAAUCUUUUUUACUGGAACAGCUUUCUAAAAGAACCAUAUGCAUUGUAACCUGCUGGAUGUGUUAUAGUUAGUUGGUUUAAUAAUGCUGGUAAUCUGAAUUAAAAAUUAAAUGGAUUGAAGACAUGG